AUGAUUGUGUUGAUAGCUAGGUUGCUUCAGUUGCCCCUCACUCAACAAGCCUUGGCCCAAGAGCAGAAUGAGAAAUCGACUAAUGAGCUAUUAGAUGGUUCUCUCAGGCUCUUGGAUGUUUGUAGCAGUGCCAAGGGUGCCCUGUUGCAAACCAAGGAAUGCGUACAGGACCUUCAAUUGAUCAUGCGAAGAACGCGAGGAGGUGAAUCUGGAGCACUCACAACUGAGGUCAGGAAAUACUUGACCUCAAGGAAGAUGGUGAAGAAGGCAAUCCACAAGGCUAUGGUAAAUCUCAAGGGAUCCAGUUUCUCAUCCCUCAGCAAGGACAAUGAGACUAUUGCCGUGGUUAGCACGUUGAGAGAUAUCGAGGCAGUUACUCUCUCAGUGUUUGAAUCACUCAUGUCCUUCAUCUCUGGUCCAAAUUCAAAGCCGAGCAGCAGCUGGUUAUUGGUUUCCAAGAUUAUUCGCACCAAAAGAGUAGCUUGUGAGGAAGAAACAGAAGCAAAUGAAUUUGCCCUAGUGGAUGCUGCUCUGCAAUCAUUCUUUAAGACAAGCAAAUCUGACCACAAGAAUGCAGACAACCAGCUUGACAAUCUGGAGUCAUGCAUUCAAGAUCAGGAAGAACAACUUGACUGCCUAUUUAGGCAGUUGAUUAAAACAAGAGUCUCUCUCCUCAAGAUCCUAAACCAAAUUAAUUUGCCCAACUUGACUGCACACACGUGUAUACAAAUCAUCCUCUGGAUACGAAAUGAUUACUCAUUUGCUUAA